AUGGGUGCAGCAAAGGCCUCGAUAAACCAUCCAUCGACAUGGGAAAGUUUUGGACGGCUUGAUGAUUAUUUUGCACAGGUCGCGAAAGAUUUAGAACAUGACCCCAAGCCAGAGCCGUCGCUGGAUGGUCUUCCCGAUGAACGCAUCAAGUGGGAAGCGAAAAGUCGCCAAGAUGCCGACAAGAUCCUGGAAACGGUCACGGGUCGAGUUUCGGAGAGAGAGAUAUUCAUUCCCUGCCGCGACGGCCACAAGACUCGUGGCCUCUUGUAUCGAUCCGGGCAGGAUUCUGUUGGCGGUAGGCCACUCUUUGUCGUGCUCCAUGGAGGCGGGUUCCUCUUCGGUAGCGCGGAGAUGGAGUCGCCGCUGUGCAUUCGAGCCGCGCUCGAGUUUGGAUGUGUCGCGCUGUCGCUCGAGUAUCGUUUGGCCCCGGAGCACAGGUUCCCCCAAGCACAUGAGGAUGUAUGGGAUGCACUUCAAUGGCUCACAUCGAAUCCCGCCAGUAUCGGGGCCGACUUGACCAAGGGCUUCAUCUUGGGAGGGUGUUCGGCAGGAGGCCACAUCACCAUCCCCUUGUCACAUCGGGCCCGGGACGAAAAGCUCUCCCCGCCACUGACGGGAAUCUACCUCAGCGUCACGCCUGCCUUGGCACAUCAGGCGGUGCCGGAGAAAUACCGGCCACUGUACAGGAGCCGAGAGCAAUUUCGCGACGGCAUUUCCUUGGAUUUGGCCUCCAUCCUCCUCUACGACAAGGCCAGCGAGCCCGACGUAUUCUCACCACUCUGGAGUCCUUUACUGUGGCCCACCGGGCACGCAAAUCUCCCUCCUGCUUACUUUCAGAUCUGUGGAGCGGACAUGUUGAGGGACGAGGCCCUGAUAUACGAGCGGGAGCUACGGCUGAACGACAUCGAGACCAAAGUCGACAUCUAUCCCGGCCUUCCUCAUGUGUUUUGGUAUACGCAUCCGGAUCACCCUGCAGUUCCAAAGUAUCAUGAAGAUGCGAAGAACGGCAUUGGUUGGCUACUUGAUCGGAAAUGUUCUUCUGGUGGAUUGUAAAAUGAUACGAUGGAUCAAGGGUGAAUCAAUGGCUCAUGGAAAAGUAGGAUACCCAUCUGUGCAAUGGUGCAUACUUUCUGCUCCAGAUGGAAUCAGGAGGCCAAACACUAUUAGAGAUGUUGACGAGAUCGUCUGAAUGGAAAAAGCUU